GGACACGGAACAUCAUUCGCAAGAGCUGACAAAUCAUUCGCACGCAUUCGUGACUGUAGACAGGUGAGCUAACAACAAACAGCAUGCCAUCGGAUGUUUGGUUUCUCUGGCAAAAACGCUUCAAACAAUUCGAAGUUGUUCUCGGAUUAUCAGUUCUUGUUUUGAUAUUUGUAGACAGAAUUAGACUGAACACAAUACAAUCACAUUUGGAUGUGGACUAUUUGCACUGGACUUCGAAAUUUCCGGCGGUGUCCAUAUGUCCUAAAGAUUACCAAGGAUCCAGGAACUUGACAAGCUGUGAGGAAGUUUUCAGAAAGUGCUCAUGGAAUAAUCAGUUCAUAGAUUGUUGCUCCAGUUUUGAACCCGUGGUUUCGACUUCGAAAGAUCUCUGUUACACUUUCAACUCAGACUUCACAGGUGCCAGAAAGCUCUCGAAAUAUGUCGUCAGUCAUUUUGCGAAGUCGGGUGUUUUGGAAACUGAGACAAAAUACCCGGUUCAAGUAUUUGUUCACGAUGGGAAAAGCGUCAACUUCACGGAGCCAGGUUUGGUUGUGACUAAACGGCGAGCUGCGGAAAUUCUUGUAAAGAUCAACAGCAUCAUAGUUGAUGAAUCUUUAUACGAUUUACCUUUCGAGAAAAGAGGUUGCAUUCUACCAGGAGAGAGAUUUACUUCCGGACUUCCUAUUUACAGCGAGAGCCUUUGUCGAGCUAGGUGUGCGGAUUCUUCCUGACAAAUAGAGAACCCUCUCUUCGGUCCGUUGAGCACUGUAGAGUACAGCACUCAUUUCCCUCGCAGAUUUGAAACCGAAACUUUGAAAAGUGAAGGGAACGAGUGUGAUUGUCCACCUUCUUGUGAGGAGGACGACGUUCGGGUUGU